AUGCCACCUCGAUACGGUUGUAUGAAGUGCCAGACCGACAGUCACAGUUACCUGUACUGCCCUGAAGUGACAUGCCUCGAGUGCCACGCUCAAGGUCACCGUCACUAUGUCUGUCCGAAGAUAAGCAGACAAGAUAAGACUUCCCCGCACUUCUGUUACAACUGUCAAGCCAUGGGUCAUUUCGCUGCAGAUUGCCCAGAACCCAGUCGAAAGAAGACUCCCCAGGGCGCCUGUUACAACUGCCAAGUCGUGGGUCAUUUCGCUGCAGAUUGCCGAGAACCCAGUCGAAAGAAAACGUCAGCAGUCCCGUCCACGUCCACGUCGACACCCGUGACACCCGUGACACCAGUGACACAAGUGCUUCAUCUCAUAGAAGCCAUGCAUGUCGAUGUCCUCGACCUAAAAGAAUACAUCACACAACUCCGUGUGGGCAUCACACCUCGUCUAGAGAAAAGAAAACGGGACAGAAGCCCCCCAAGAAAACACUCUUCAAAGCGCCGACGACACCUUCAGUCCGAGGAUGAGAUGGAGGUAGAGGAUGAAGAAGAUAGAUCAUCUGAACAAAGUGACUAA